UUCUGGCCCAACAAGGUGACAAGAAGGGCCUGAGUGCACAGCUAUUGGCUUGAAUUGAAUUAUUGUAGCCUAAUCAAUUGUCUUAUUGGAUUAUCCAGCGCGGCUGUUCCCCCAGAUAUUGUUGCGUCGACAAUAAAAAUAGCUGCAAGUGCCUGCGUGCGUGCGUGUGUAUGUGUGCGUGUGUGUGUGUGUGUGUGUGUGUGUGUGUGUAAUGAGGAUAUGUGUGUAAGGGGUGCUGCUUCUUGUGCUGAAGACAAAAACAGAUUUAAAGUGUGGGGUUUUGUGCAUUUACACCAAAAAGUCCUUGUGGUUUGGACAGUCCAGCCCUGAUUUUAAAAAAUGACUUUUAUUUGUUACUUUUAUAGAUGAGUUUGCGUUAUUUUAUUUCACCCAGGGUGAGACCGGGGGUGCUGUUCACUUUUCUUUCUGACGGUGUGUGUUUGCCCGUGAUCUUUAGUGCUACAAAUUUCUGCCGAAGUGCAUUUCAUUUUUUUUUUCCCCCAUUCCUUUUUUUUUUCUUUUUGUAUCCCACGUCUCUCCGCCUCUCUCGCUCAGUCAAAUUCUCUCUCUCUCUCUCUCUCCCUCUCUCUCCCACUCUCUCUCUCCCACUCUCUCUCAUUCUGCCCGUGUCUGUCAGUCCUAUCGUAGAGACAGUGGUGUGGAUUGUCGAGCCGGCUCGUUGCAAUAUAUCUGGACUAAAUUUGCUCAUCCUGAAUAUAGAUUUACGUCUGAUCAGAAUAACGGGACAUCACGCAGGCCGUCAGCGGGACACCUGGGACUGGACGGGAACUUUUCUACGAGGGUUCUCCCUCUGUUGUGCAUGUUGGGGUUUGCAAGCGUGUGUGCACUCCUUCAUGAUCCAAGACCAAUCAUUUGACUGGGAUCUGUAAGUGUGUGUAUGUGUAUGCGAGUGAAGACUGGCUAGAAGAGGGGUUGUAGGCAACGCACCCCUCCAUUAGCGCGGCAUAUAUUUCCCCCCAAACAAUUUAGCGUAUUCAGGAGGUUACGCAAAUCCGAAGCGGGCAAAAUUACCGUAAUCAAUUGCGACGAGCGGGCAUGCAUCCAUCCGCGCCUCUGAUUGAAUGGAGAUCGUCUCUAUCAGGCUGAUGCGCAAGUAACGAAGAGAGGGGCCACUAAAUUGCUGCUGAAUUUAGGGACGAGAAGUCCAUGAUCACUGGCCAAGCGAGCGCAGACGCUGAUGAUAGAACGCUUGGGACAUGAAGCAAGUGCCGCUCCGACAUUAGAUCCCUGAUUCAAGUGUCCAAAUCGCUGUGGUUUUACACACGGGACACAGAAACUAGUAUUAUCACGAUUUAUUUUGGCCUUAAAAAAAAAGAAGAGAAGAAGAAAAAGAGGAAGGAGAGCUACUCUGAUAAGGACAGGCGAACAUGGACGUACGCUACAGCCAGGAGCCGGAAGUGGGGAUGGUGCUGAAGAACGGACUGAAGGAAAGCAACGAGGUGAAAGACUCCCAGGGGAGCCUCUCCAAAACACUCCUGAAGGAACCACAGGACUCCUUCUCCUCAUCUGGAGCCAUGGAAAACUGUGAAAAGAGUCGCACGAGCACGGGAGAUCCAGACUACUGCCGGCGGAUUCUGGUCCGAGAUGCCAAAGGCUCGAUCAGAGAGAUCAUUCUGCCCAAAGGUCUGGAUCUGGACCGGCCGAAGAGAACCAGAACCUCGUUCACAGCCGAACAGCUCUACCGGCUCGAGAUGGAGUUCCAGCGGUGCCAGUACGUCGUGGGCCGAGAGAGAACUGAACUCGCCCGGCAGCUCAACCUGUCUGAGACUCAGGUGAAGGUGUGGUUCCAGAACCGGCGUACGAAGCAGAAGAAGGACCAGGGGAAGGACGCGGAGCUGCGCUCGGCUGCGCACUCGGAGACGGCGGCUACGUGCAGCGUCCUGCGUCUGUUGGAACAGGGCCGCUUGCUGACACCGCCCGGCCUGCUGCCACACUGCGCCAGCUCCUCGCUGGGCAUCGCUGCAAACGGAGGAUCCUCCUCCAGCAGCGGGACAAGCUCGGCUACAGCGUCCAGAAGCCCCCCGUUGCCAGCCAUGUCCGGCUCAAGCACACUAACCAGCGCCCACCAUGGGCUCUUCAGCUUCCCCGUGCCCACACUGCUGGGAGCCGUGGCGUCACGGAUCUCCUCUGCGCCGCUGGGCAUGGCCGGCUCGCUGGCCGGGAACCUCCAGGAACUGUCAGCCCGCUACCUGAGCUCCUCGGCGUUCGAGCCGUACUCGCGGACCAACGGCAAAGAGGACAAGAAAGUUUUGGAAUAA